AGUCAUGUCUGCUAGUAGGUGGGGGGGGGAAGGGGGGUGAUUGCCUUGUGUAAUCCCAAUUGAGUAACCUACGGGUAGCUUUUUUUACUUGGAAAAUGUGGACCCCUGACACUGGCACGCAAUGGCCUUCUCGUUUAAAAUGUCAGGGAAUUUUUUUUUACGUCCCACUGUGCAAGCGGACACGGUAUUAACCAGGGUGGCCGCCAGUGUCGAACCGUGAACUCGCGCACUAAGCGGUGAACCUGCUACCACUGGGCCAUGUCCGCUGACCGUAUCUGUCGCUUGCUAUCGCUAAGAAAUAGACUGUGCGCCUUUUGCUUAGCGAUGUAAACCCCAGGCCACGUCUCAUUUGAGUUACGUAAACAAGCCGCAGAGGGUGGGCUUGUGCAAUGCUGCUGCUUUUGUGGUCUCGCGCGAAGCCCUGUGCGUGCGGUUCCUUCUCCGCAGGCUGCCGGGCACCGGCAUCGCUUAGGCGCUGCUGAAGAGCCGCCAGCAGAGACCCGGUACCGGCCUCAUUGGUGUGAGUACGCAUAGGCGAGAUGCACGUGCGGAGUCGUCGCUGCUGCCGUGGUUACCGUGACCGUCGCUCAUGGCUCCCUCCAGCCAUGUUCAGGACUACUCGGCCUACCGGACUGACUGUUCCGUCUCACCCGUACCGUUCCACCACCGCACAGCAGGUGGUGGGGGCGGACGUGCGUUUGAGACGCGGAGAUGGAGCGGCAGGCGACGUGGCUCCCCUGACAGCAUGAGACACUUGGUGGAGCCCGAGGUGAGGGAAGCGGGGAAGGGCCGGGCCGUCCUUCCUCACCCCGAGUUCCCUCACCACUCGGCGCGCGCCGACUCGAGCAAGUACUACGUCGCGGGCUACGCCGCGGCCUUCCUCAACAUCAUCGUCACCUUCCCCGUCAACAAGCUCAUGUUCCGCCAGCAGCUGCACGGCUCGCUGGCGCGCGACGCCCUGCGGCAGCUGCGCGCGGAAGGCGUCCGCCGCCUCUACCGCGGCCUGCUCCCGCCGCUCGCGCAGAAGACCACGACGCUGGCGCUCAUGUUCGGCCUCUACGAAGACUUCUCGGCGGCGCUCCUCGGCUCGCGCCCGAGCGGCGUGCCCGAGGCGCUGCCGCGGGCCCUGGCCGCCGUGCUGGCCGGCUCGGCCGAGGCGGCGCUGGCGCCGUUCGAGCGCGUGCAGACGCUGCUGCAGGACGCGCGCCACCAGGCGACGUUCCGCAACACGGCGCACGCGUUCCGCGCGCUGCGGGCCCACGGCGUUCGCGAGUAUUACCGCGGACUCGUGCCCAUCCUGCUCCGCAACGGUCCCAGCAACGCCAUCUUCUUCGGCCUGCGCGGCCCCAUCAAGGAGGCCCUGCCGCGGGCCCGCACGCCCGCCUCGCAUGUCGCCAACGACUUUGCGUGCGGCGGUUUUCUGGGCGCGCUGCUCAGCACGCUCUUCUACCCGCUCAACGUCGUGAAGGUGCGCAUGCAGUCGCGCGUCGGCGGAGACUUCCUGGGCUUCGCGCAGGCCCUGGCCAUCGUGUGGCAGGAGCGUGACCGCAGGGUGUCGCGCCUGUUCCGCGGCGUGCACGUCAACUACCAGCGCUCCAUCCUCUCCUGGGGAAUCAUCAACGCCACCUACGAGUUGGUGCUUAGGUUUCUGUAGCUGAUCGUCGUCCACCCCAACUUGGCCUGAACCGUUCGGCGUCGGGCGAUUUUUUCCCCCCUCCUCCCACGGCUGGGAGGUUGCGUGUUGGCUAUACCCCCCCCCCCCCUCAUUGGGGGUGUUUUGAAGGCAGGGGGCACAACAAGCGCUCAAUCAACCGGAUGGUCUGUCCUACUUACCCGGUCUACCAACAUCACAUGUCGCUAAAAUGUAAAGAAUUGUACUGUACUGGAGUACUUGCAAAGGGAAGCCUGACGUUAAGUGCACAGCCGUUUUGUCAACCCGCUACCGGAUGAGGGACUCCACACACCGUGCGGGCUCUGGCGGUUAUUUGACCAUACUUCACCUUGCUGGUAAGCGGCGCGGGUUGGUGAAGGCGGAGGGAAAAGAUGGGUGGAGCAUAGUACAGUACAAAAAUGGUAUUUGCCGUGGACCUCGUUCCCGCUGUUCUGUUGGAGCAAAAUGUUUAAACAUUUCACGACGUCGUGAAGACAAGAAUAAAUGCCUUAACACAAACAAUUGAGGGAUGUUCAGGGAGGCUCGCAUUUCUAAAAGGAUUUUGCCAACGCGAUUAUAUUUUAUACUUCCAGCAUUUGGAAUCCUCACAGCUCUGUUUAAAAUGUGGUCAGCUGAGUUAACUUUUUGUAAAUUCAGAACCGCCCCACCGGUUCAUCUGGUGAAUUUGCACCAGCAGACAGCUGCAGCCCGACGGGCAGGCGAAUGUCCAUUCGCAGGCCAGGGUACCGAGUUGUCACCUUAUGCCCACUGAGAAGAGCAGCCACUGGUGGGUCCCCUAUCAAAAAACAAUCCCUCUUGUUCUUAUUGUCGAGGCCACUACGAACAGUGCCUCGAUGUUGUCGUGUCACGUGACCGUGUUGGUGGUGCCAGUUUACAUUUCUUUGUGUUGACACUUGCCUCAGUUUCGUGGCUUUUGCUGUUAGCGCAGGACUCCUUCCUGCUCACGGCAGUCGUGAACAUGGCUGUGACCCUCUUUUGCAAAAUGUUCUCGUCGCUCAACGUGUUUUUUUUUUAAUGAUCCAUUGAGAUACAGCUGUCGCCUCUUUUUGCCAAAUUCUUCAGUCACACGCUGCCAAGAGUAACGACGCCGUUGUGCGGCUGUUGUGACGUGCGGGUACGACGUUACGGAGCGGUGUCUUGUACGCACGUGCUUGUCGUACGAAAUGCUCUGCAGCAUCGCUCCGGUGAAUUCCCGUUGAAUACUUCACCUCUGUAAGAGGUUUACUUGGGAAUGGACCCUGCCGUUUGUGGCGUCAACCUACUUCACGGCACGUUCUUCUGCGAACACGCGCCGCCAUUGUCGGUUGUCCUGAAACGUAAAACGUCUGGACUCAAUGUUGUUUUUUGUCAAUCAUAAAUAUGCAUUCGGUCAACACCAAGUGGCACGUGUUUUGUGUGUUGACGCACCGACUUACGAGCGCGCUGGUCUUGCUGCCGCGGCGGUCCCCGCGCUCUUUCCGCGCGCGCUGCUUGGACGUGUGCUUGCUGGGUUUGCCAGGUGGAUAUGAAAUGUCGCUCGAGGUAUCGAGUGCUUUUGUCGAUGGUGGUUGUGUUGUGCGUCGUUAUUAAAAUUCACACUCGCUGACAAAAUGA